GGUGGCUGUGUCGGUAAGAUGGCGGCCGUGAGUCUGAGGCUCGGAGACCUGGUGUGGGGGAAGCUGGGCCGGUAUCCUCCAUGGCCUGGAAAGAUUGUUAAUCCACCUAAAGAUCUGAAGAAACCUCGUGGGAAAAAGUGCUUCUUUGUGAAGUUUUUUGGAACAGAAGAUCAUGCUUGGAUCAAAGUGGAGCAGCUGAAGCCUUAUCACGCACACAAAGAAGAAAUGAUAAAGAUUAACAAGGGUAAGCGCUUCCAGCAAGCCGUGGAUGCUGUAGAGGAGUUUCUUAGAAAAACCAAAGGCAAGGACCAGGCGUCUUCCCAUAACUCCAGUGAAGAGAAGAAUCGUCGUAAUUCCAGUGAAGAAAGAGGCAAGCAAUCUGCUGGUGAAGAGAAGCGCAAAGCCAGUUUGUCUGAAGGGAAGUUGAAGAAGGGCACAGGGGAAGGAAAAAAGAGGGUCUCUUCUGUAUCGUCAGAGAGAGGAUCAAAGUCACCUUUGAAAAGAGCCCAGGAUCAGAGCCCCCGAAAGCGGGGGCGUCCACCCAAGGAUGAGAAGGACCUCACAAUUCCAGAGUCAAGUACAGUGAAGAGAGUGAUGACUGGAACAGUGGCUGGAUUCAAAUGGCCACCAAGUGUCAGUGAGCCCGUGAAGGACAGUGACCCACACUUCCAUCACUUCCUGCUGAGCCAGACAGAGAAGCCGGCUGUCUGCUAUCAAGCAAUCACAAAGAAGUUGAAGGUUUGUGAAGAGGAAACAGGAUCCACCUCCAUCCAGGCAGCAGACAGCACAGCAGUCAACGGCAGUAUCACGCCUACAGACAAAAAGAUAGGAUUUCUGGGCCUUGGCCUGAUGGGAAGUGGCAUUGUCUCCAACUUGCUGAAAAUGGGUCACACUGUCACUGUCUGGAACCGGACUGCUGAGAAGUGUGAUUUGUUCAUCCAGGAGGGGGCACGGCUGGGAAGAACCCCUGCUGAAGUUGUCUCCACCUGUGACAUCACCUUUGCCUGUGUAUCAGAUCCCAAGGCAGCAAAGGAUCUGGUACUGGGUCCGAGUGGAGUGUUGCAGGGGAUUCGCCCAGGGAAGUGUUAUGUGGAUAUGUCCACUGUGGAUGCAGAUACGGUCACGGAGCUGGCCCAGGUGAUAGUUUCCCGGGGCGGCCGCUUCUUGGAGGCACCAGUCUCAGGAAACCAGCAGCUGUCUAAUGAUGGGAUGCUCGUGAUCCUGGCAGCUGGUGACAGGGGGUUAUAUGAGGACUGCAGUAGCUGUUUCCAAGCGAUGGGCAAGACCUCUUUUUUUCUAGGUGAAGUAGGCAAUGCUGCGAAGAUGAUGCUUAUUGUGAACAUGGUCCAAGGCAGUUUCAUGGCUACGAUAGCAGAAGGACUGACUCUGGCUCAAGUAACUGGUCAGUCCCAACAGACUCUUCUGGAUAUCCUCAAUCAGGGACAACUUGCCAGCAUCUUCCUGGACCAGAAGUGCCAAAAUAUCUUGCAAGGAAACUUUAAACCCGAUUUCUACCUGAAAUACAUCCAGAAGGAUCUUAGAUUAGCUAUUGCAUUGGGGGAUUCUGUCAACCACCCAACUCCCAUGGCAGCUGCAGCCAAUGAGGUCUAUAAACGAGCAAAAGCAUUGGACCAGUCGGACAACGAUAUGUCUGCAGUGUACAGGGCCUACAUCCACUAGGCUGCACCGUUCUUACUGUUAAUACUAUGAUUAUUGAUUAAUAUUAUUAUGAUACUGGGUUUUAACUCUGGACCAGUCCAUCUCUGUCUCUCCAUUUCCUUUUAUACACAGACUUUGAGAUCUGCCGCGAAGGCAGCUGCUGCGGUGAGCCUUCCCCUGGUGGCCAAAGGGGGGGAGGAGGGGGCUCGGAUUGUUGCAGUCUGGUUAGAAAAUCCAUGCCAUGCACUGACAGUCAUGGAACAGGACAGUGGCGGCUUGUUCAGAAGCUCUGAGGCAACUCUGCCAGAAAUCUGCUGCUUGGCUGCUUUUGUUUUCCUCUUUGUAUGCUUGUCCAAGAUGCUGUUUCUAAUGAUUCCUUUCCUCCUUUGCUGUGAAAUAAUGUGUGUGUUGGACUCUCUGCAUCAAGGGGACAGGUGACAUAUGUCCCAUCUACCUGUGAAUAUCAGUAAAAGCCUUGGUCUCAAUUAAGGUGAGGAGCAUUCCUGUUCAUCACCCACUGUUAGAGAACAAAGCACCUCCCAUGGAGGAGAAGGGCAGUUCCAGAAGGUAAUAUUGGGGUUGCAUGCAAUGCUGUCUUGAUUCUGUUUCCUUUUUAAACUUCCACCUCCCUGGCACCUUGAUGGAGGAAUUCCCUCAUACUGACGGGAAGAACUGAUUGCAUCCAUGUCUUCCCCUGUACAGACAACUUUAGCUUAGGGAACACAGACCUUAGUGAAAAUGAGAGAACGCCAGUGUAAACGUAGCCUCCCAAAAAGUUCAUCACAGCUGCCCAUCCCACAAAAGCAGUAUUGGAGAGUAGCAUGUUUGCCUAGAAUACUGCAAGAAUAGUGUACAGCUUAAAACGAGGCCAGAGGUAUUUUGCUUGGUGAAGGAAUGAACCUUAAGGUUGCUCUUGGCCUUAGUUUAUGUUAAUUUCCUUCUUGCUUUUUAUUUUUAUUUUUUUAAAAAUACCCUGGUAGUCAAUAUUUACAAAGGCUUCUUGGAGUGUAGCGGUGUCACAAGCAGGGUGAUGAGUCUAAAAGGAGUAAGAGGAGUGAUUGUAGAGCCCAGAGUUUGAGCUCCAAUCCAGGCUCCCUCUCUGGCCUUUGCAUGGUCUUUUUAUCUCUUAGCCUGUUUCCCCAUCUUUAAAGGCGGGUGAUAAUUACCUACCUCAGAGGAGUAUUAUGUGUACUGAUUAGUGAUCUUUGUACAUGUCAGAUUUUCCAUACAUGUCCCUUAUGUUACUGCUCUGAGUACGACACUAGUGCAACAUGAAAAUUUUCCCUGUACUCGUGACUCUGCUUGUACCCAGAUACAACUUCUAGAAAGGCUGGUAAAUAAAAUGGGAGCUAAGACUUCUGCUGAGCUCUAGCCUAGAAAAACAGGAAUUGAGCUGCAGAUAGCCAGUGCUUAAGAGCAGAGAAGCUGCCCAUGUUGACAGAGCAACGGAGUCCAAAGGAUGCCUGUCUCUAAAAACACAUCAAGCAUGGGGUUUUUAACUCUUUCAGUAUUAGUCUUUGCAUUUUAGAUUUGAGGGUUAGUAAAACGCCGGUAAGAAGCUUUAUUGGCCCAGAUCACCUCUUGGUGACACAAUCUCCUCCCUUGGGUUGGGAUUCUGAAGGAAAAAAAGCAAAUUCCAAGUAGGCCAUGUUCUUUGAAAGCCUCGAGGGCUGCUCCUCCUGCUGUUUUGUUUCUGGGCACUUCAUGGCUGUUUAGGGAACCUUUCCUGUGGCUCAAGACUUCUUGACAAUCUGCUUUGGGCAACGCUCAGGGGCACCUCAUUAAGAAGCAGAGGAAGUUAAUCAGAUACCCCGUAUGGAACAUGAUAUCUAAUUCCUAAUGCUGUAAAUGUUACGUUGUGUUGAAUAUUUCAUCUCCGCUGGUCACUAUUAUUUGUGGGCUAAUAGUGUAUUAUGCAUUAUGUCCUGUGGUGAACAUCUAGUAAUAGAUUUGUUACACAUCACUUUGCCUGUUUGUCAGUGGUAUAUGUGGACAAUAUUAGUUAAACAUACACGUUUCUUUGGCAGUACAACUGUCAUCCUGCAUGUAGAUAUUCAUAUUAAAGUACAUGUAACUACCCAGGAUAACCAGCCAUUUAGCCUGCUUUUGCCAUACUUAUGCUUUCCCCUUUCCAGCAGAACUCAUCAAUUAGCAUUGGAAAUCCC